AUGGAGCUGGUCAACAGGACAGAGGUCUCUGAGUUCUUCCUGAAAGGAUUUUCGGGCUACCCAGCCUUGGAGCACCUGCUCUUCCCUCUGUGCUCAGCCACGUACCUGGUGACCCUGCUGGGGAAUACAGCCAUCGUGGCAGUGAGCGUGCUGGACGUCCACCUGCACACACCCAUGUACUUCUUCCUGGGCAACCUCUCCACCCUGGAUAUCUGCUACACCACCUUUGUGCCCCUGAUGCUGGUCCACCUCCUGUCGGCCCAGAAGACCAUCUCCUUUCUUGGCUGCGCGAUGCAGAUAUGUCUGAGCCUGUCCACGGGCUCCACAGAGUGUCUGCUGCUCGCCAUCAUGGCCUAUGAUUGCUACCUGGCCAACUGCCGGCCACUCAUGCUGAUGGGCCACCGGCUCUGCUUGCUGCUGGCGGGAGCCGCCUGGGUACUCUGCUUCUUCAAGUCAGUGACUGAGACAGUCAUCGCCAUGAGGCUGCCCUUCUGUGGCCACCGUGUGGUCAGUCACGUCACCUGCGAAAUCCUGGCAGUGCUGAAGCCGGCGUGCGGUGAUACGUCAGUCAACGAGGUCUUCCUGUGGGUGCGUGCCAUCCUGCUGCUGCCCGUGCCCUUGGCGUUCAUCUGCCUGUCCUGCAUGCUUAUCCUGGCCACCAUCCUGAGGGUGCCCUCGACCGCUGGACGCCACAAAGCCUUCUCCACCUGCUCGGCGCACCUGGCUGUGGUGCUGCUUUUCUAUGGCACCGUCAUCUUCACGUACAUGAAACCCAGGAGCAAGGAGGCCCGCAUCUCUGAUGAGGCCUCCACGGUCCUCUAUGCUGUGGUCACGCCCAUGCUGAACCCCGUCAUCUACAGCCUGAGGAACGAGGAAGUGACGGAGGCCGCCAGGAAGGUGUGGGACAGGAGAUGGACCUCCAGGUGA